AACUGGAAGAUCUCCUAACCACAUCACAUCGCCAUAUUGAUUUCGCUCUGUGCUUUGUGCUUGCUGCUUGGUUGAUUUCGCUCUGUGCUUUGUGCUUGCUGUGUGGUUGCUGCUGUAUUUGAAUUUGUUAACUUAUAUUGACUACUGAGUUAAUUUGUUUUGCUGUUUUUGUUCUUUCAGAUGGCGCUGAUCAUUGGGGAUUCUCAGGUCAAGUACCUGAACCAGUAUCUUUGGGAUGGAAUUACUUGCAUUCCUAAACCAGGGUACAAGGUUCAGGAUCUUGUGCCGAUUAUUGAAGAGGUUGGACCUUACUUCAAUAAAGUAGUCCUCCAUUGCGGAACCAACAAUGUGCUGAGCGAGGAUGCAGAGACCAUCGUCGACCAUAUUUUGAAUUUUGCAGAGACCUUGAAGAGGGUAAAUUCGUAUGCUACACUGAUGGUGUCAGGCAUCCUACCAAGGAAAAUGAAUGGCUACCGCUGUGAAACAUCUGGCCAGCGUGUUGCUGGGAUGAAUGCCAAGUCAGCUUGCGUAAACGAUAUGCUGCGACAGUGUUUGCCAAACAUGGAGGUAAUGUUCAUUGAACUGUGGGAUUUCUUUUUGCAGCCUGGAAUGAUUUCUUUUGAUGGACUUCACAUCACGGCUCAAGGUUGCAAGUUGCUGUGCAGAUCCUAUGGGAAGUUUUGCAAGAGUAAGGUGCCCAUCAAAUUGUCUGUUCCUACAGAACAAAAUGUUGCUGUUGUUUCCAGGAUUACUACAAUUUCUAGUAAGCAGCAAGGGGUCGCGGAAUUUUUACCUUCUAAUGAAGACUUUCCUUCCCUGGAAGAAUCUUGUACACAGAAGCGUUUUGUACCCUCUCAGGUUCCAAAAGUCAAAAAACUACCUGCUUUUCAGAGAAUGUCUCAGCGUUUGAAGGUUUUGCCUAGCCAGUUUACUUCAAUUUCUUGUGUACCUUGUGUAGUCCAGAAUUCCUUUGCCCCAGUAAAUCCUGUUGUGCCAUCAGCUGUUGAGUCUCUUAAAAGCAAUUUUCAGGUUCCUGUGUGUACCCCAUCUUCUGGACAGUCAUCAUCUCAGGCUAAAGUGUCUGGGCCACUACACAACAUAUCUUCUGCACCUCAUUCACCACUGCCAUCUUUUCAGCACAGUGCUUCAAAAAGGUUUUUUCGCCCAGUUCUGCCAUGUAUUGAAUCAUUUGUCCAUGAAAACAAGUUUAAUGUUUUGAAUUCUGUAACAGAGAACGAAGAUGCCAGCAUGUUUGAAAGUAGUUUUGGUGGUAAAAAGUGCAGUAAAAAGAUGAAAGAUUGUAGGUUUAAGAAUAGUGUAAAUCCAAGGAAAGUUCGGAGCCGUCUGGUUGGAGGGGGAGCCACUUCAUUAUCAGAAGGUGUAUCGUUCAGUAGUUAUAAGGAAUUUACAGAGGUUUAUGAACAGUGGUUAGAAGAAGGACAUCAUCCAAUGAGAGUGAACCAUUCUGUAAGAAGUCCUGGUGGUGGUGAUGAUAAUAUUCCUUAUGUGCAGGUAAAAUAUGUGUGUAAACAUUUUGGUAAGCCUAGGAUUAGAGGUAAUGAUGUUCGGCCAAAUCAAAAGUAUAAUGCCAAAGGUUGCCCUGUACAUCUAAAAAUUAUUUAUAAUAAUAAGCUGAAAUGUUAUGUUGUGCGUAGUAUGAUUGAUUGCCAUAAUCAUGAAACUGGUCCAGAUGUCAUUAUGCAUUAUCCUGAUCAAAGAUUACUUGAUAAGGGGGAACAAGAGGCAAUUGCCCCUUUAAUCAAAUAUAACAUGGGCACGAAAGAAUUGAGACAGUUUAUUGGGGAUGAAAGUGGGAAAAUGUUACAGAGUAAGGAUGUUCACAAUUUACGUCAGCGGGCAAAAGAGAAUAUUGUUGAUGGGCGCAGUCAGGCAGCUUUGUUGGUAGAUGAGCUAACGAAACUGCAAGAGGAAAUUGGCUGUUCAGUUCAUAUAGAAACUGAUGAAAAUAAUGAAUUACUUUUUCUUGUAAUGCAAACUAGUUUUAUGAAAAAUUUAGCUAGUAAAUACAGUGAUGUUUUGAUGAUAGAUGGUACUUACAAGGUUAAUGCUGAAGGUUAUCCAUUAUAUUGCGUUUUGUGUGAGGAUGGGAAAGGGCAUGGAAAACCUAUUAGUUAUGUGUUUGUCAGAAAUGAAACAGAAGUAGUUCUUAGUAAAGCUUUUGUCAAAGUUUUGGACCUGAAUCCUAACAUGUUAAAUUGCAAAGUAAUGAUAAUGGACAAAGACAGGGUAGAAAUGAAUAUAGUGUCAAAAAUGCUCCCCCAAUGCAAAAUUAUUUUAUGCUCCUUUCAUGUCUUGAAGGCUUUCAAAGAAAAAGUUGCGUCGUUAGAUUGUACGAGAGAGAAGAAGGCACAGGUGGCGGCAUGCUUGAAGCAGCUUCUUUAUUCUUCGACAGAAGAUUCUUAUAACACUAAUUUUCAGGUUUUGUUAAAUGUUGCCCCUUCUGAAUUUAUGCAAUACUAUAUUAUAAACUGGGAUAAAUGUAAAGAGCUUUGGGUGUUUGCUUUCAGAAGGAAGGAGUUGACUUUAGGUAAUAAUACAAAUAACAGACUGGAAAGCCAUAACCAAAAGCUGAAACAGUAUUUGAAGUCAAGCAUGCAUUUACCUGAGGCAGUGAAGGCACUAUGUGAUUUCAUACGAGUUUUGGAAGUCAAUUUUUCUCAAGAAGCUUUCAAAGAAAUGAAGACUCAUAUUAAUAAGAAUUUUUCUGAUAAUAUUCAUUUACAGAUAUCUUCUCAUUGCACUGUCGAAGCCACCAAAUUAAUAUGUAGGCAGCUGGAAAAGUCUAAACAAGAAAUGAUAUAUGCUAAUGGUAAUGUGUCUUUUAAUGGCUUCAGCUACUGUAUAAGCAAUAACUUUACAGUAUGCAGUUGCACAUUUUUUUCACAGUAUUCUUUGCCUUGUGCACAUUUGUUGUUUGCCAGAAGAGCUUGUGGAAUGUGUGUAUUUUCAGAAGAUACUGUCAGCAGUAGAUGGAAGAAAGAUACAUUUGUGGGUUCUUUGCCAUCUUCUCAGAGUGAAAUGUCUGUUUCCACAUCUGUUGUUGAGAAAACACUGCUGAGAAAGCCUCUUUCCGAAAGAGAGAAAUAUAACUUGGCUCUUUCCCAUUUGAAACCAAUUGCUUCUUUCAUUGCGACAUUAGGUGUAAAACAGUUCAAUGACUGCAUCAACAAGACCAAUGAAUUCUUUGGACAGCUACUACAAGAUUUCCGGAGUUCCAGCAUGCACUUACCAGAACAUAAUUCUGUAGUUACUGAUGGCAGUAUUGGUUCCCCCCAACAUGUCUCUGUUAAUAGUCUUGCUAGUAGUUUCUGUGAAAAUAAUAAUUUCAGCUGCCCAACAGACGCUUCUUUGCUGCAUGAUGAGUUGGGAGAGUUUUUAAAGUUUACAGGUUCAAGUGUUCCCAGUGAAGAAAGUAAUUUUUGUGAAAAUGUUUCCUCUGCAUCCACUUUACCUCUAACUGUAUCUUCUUCCUUUAGUGUUAAUGAUAAGACUAAGUUUCAGUAUGUGGAUUGUCUACCAGAAUCUAGGUAUGAUUCCGUUCUUUCUGAGCCAAACCUUUGUGAAAAUAUUUUGCAGAAAAGCUUCAGUAGUAGUUUAAUUGGAGAUCCUAAUGGAUAUGGUAAUGAACCACAAAGUUUUGAUAGUCUAGAAAGUCAAUUCACUGGUAAAAAUUUGUCAAGUAUUAGAAAUCAAUUAAUUAUUCCUAAAGUUGUGAAGCGUAGGGGCCGUCCUAAGGGGUCUAGAACUCCUUUCCAAAUUUUUCCACAUACAUCUAGGAAACGUAAGCUAGUCACCAUCCCAGAAGUUGAAGAUGUAGAUGAUCCACAUCAGGAAGCCUGCAUUAAAGAAGAUUUAAAGAGGUCUCGAACUCCUCAAAUAUUUCAACAUUAUUCUAGGAAAUGUGAGCUGGCCACCAUCCCAGAAGUGAAAGACGUAGAUGACCCACCUCCAGAAGCCUGCAUUCCGGAAAACCCCGUUACCUGUAAAUACAUUCAAAGUUCUUUGAAAAUCCUUUCAUCUAGAGAAUGGUUGGACGAUACAGUAGUUGCUUGUGCUCAGAAGUUGCUUAAGCAACAGUAUCCUUUUGUUAAUAGUUUGCAGGAUACUCUUUUGGGUACUGUUUUACAGUUUCAGAAUGCAGAUCAGCCGUGGGUACAAGUUAUCUAUUGCAAUAAACACUGGGUUACCAUCUCUGCUAUUGAAUGUCCAGAAGGUUAUGUGGAUGUGUUUGAUUCUAAGUUCUAUUCUAAAAAUCGAAGUGUUGUAGAGCUGAUUACUGUGCAGGCAGCUGAACUCAUGAAAUUCAGGGGCCGUAAAAUAACACUACACUAUCAAGUCCCCCAAGAACAGAAGGGCUCUGAUGACUGUGGCCUUUUUGCAAUUGCCAGAGCGGUAGCUUUAUGUAAUGGAUUCUCAAUGCAUGGUCGAGCUUUUGUGCAGGCACAGAUGAGGUCACAUCUGCUUAAAUGUUUGCAGGAGGGCUCCAUUGAACCUUUUCCUACAGUUCCUGUAAGACAGAAAACUUUUUCCACUGAAAUUAAGUGUAACAUAUUUUGUGUUUGCAGGUUGCCCCAUUCACGAAGCACAAACUUCAAAACUUUAAAUGCUAUGGUGCAGUGUGAUAGUUGUAAAGAAUGGUACCACUUAAGCUGUCUCAAUAAGGUUAUUGAUGUUGAUGAAAAGUACAUGUGUAAUUUGUGUGAUUUGUAAUAAUGUUGCUCAUAUGUAUUUUUUUACUCUUAGGUUCUCACCAGGUACCACCUUGAAUAAAAAGUUUGCCUUAUGUCUCCCCCAUAUCUGAUCUUUGUAAGGCGUUUGAUAUUGUAGGAUUUCAUUUUAUUUAAUUACCACCAGGAUGUGAGAUAUGCAGAGCUAUGUUCACAGUGAUUGGACUAUCAAUGCCAUACAUGCCUACAGUUUAAAGUUUACACGGCCUAUACAAUUCAAAAUGGUCCGAAGCACGCAGGUAUAUGUACAAUCCCCUCGGGUUCACUGCCUGUGUUCUUAGGGCUGACUCCCUAUGCCUGAAGGGCGCGACCCGCCUGGUAGGUUUCACCUGCAGUGCCGGCCGCGUUUCGGAAAGGCAUGGGAUUUUGAAUCAUAAUAAUAAAAUACACUCCUACCUCACCACUUAAUAAUAGCCAAUUAAUUCUCUUAACUUCUCUGCAAAUCUCUCUCCUAGCUAAUUCAAAAUGGUCCGAAGCACGCAGGUGUAGGUUUUGGCUCCCGGGAGAUUCACUGCCUGUGUUGUUAGGGCUGACUCCCUAUGCCUGAAGGGCGAGACCCGCCUGGCAGGCUUCACCUCCAGUGCCGGCCGCGUUUCGGAAGGCAUGGGAUUUUGAAUUAACAAAGCUAGUUCCGUAAACUUAUCAUCGCCUAAUAAAUAUCUUUUCCGUUCCCUGGGGUACGUAAAAUUUUACAGCCACACCACUACAACACACGCGACAAUCCACACACACGUCGUAGCACCUUGUCAAGGCAGAAUCAUGCAGGUGAACUGGUAGAGGGAGCUGCCCCAGCCCUCGCUGGGGAUCCGGGCCGAGAGGCAUGCAUGCCUGUCAGGGCAGGGCUCUGGGGGCAUGUACAGUAGUUUUAAGUCUAUAUUUAAUAUAAAAAAUAAAAUUAAAAAAAUUUAAAAUAUAUAAAAUAAAACAAAUUUUGGACGAGGGCAUUUCUCUGCCCAAAUAAUAAUAAAAUAGGACGACCUUCAUUGGGAAUACAAUCCACUAACUCCACUUUUUUUUUAACAGGUUAUAGCAGACAACAGCCAGGGGGCUAGGUACAGCAAUACUGGCUUAGUCUAACUUUGACAGAGCUAUUUUGGAACGCAAUAGUUCGGUCCCUAAGGCUGCCAGAAGUUUACUAAUCCAUGUAAUUUCUUUUACCGUUCACCAACACGACCACACGAUUAUAUGCCUGAACUACCUGUUACAUGCACUAAUGGGCUAACUACCCAUGCAUGUUCUGUGUUCCCAGGGGUUCGGAGGAGCGGCUCGCACAGCUUUACACUACACGCCACACCCGAGUUUAACUAGGUCACUUGAUAUUACAGCACACUGACAAGCCUCUAAUGCACACCAACACGACACUACAUCACGCCAGUUAGCCAAUCUGACUGGUGGGGAGCUUCACUCCCCCGCCAAAUUAGGUACACGUAACUUUUCUAGGAUUACACAACCUACCAGCGCACACACAGGCCCAUGUGCCAAACCUAUCCCACAAGACACGCACCCCCGCCGUCGAUUCAAAUUAUUUUUCACCAGUGUGGGGUGCACCUGAUUUACUAUGCACUUAGCGAGUUAUAGAAACUUCUGUUUCUGGCCUCGCCCACGCUUACUGCCCCGGAUGGCAAUAUGAUGAAUCGGCGGCGUAGUUAUUUACAUUUUACCUUUUGGUAUCAAAGCGUAGUAUAAUGCAUGCAGUUAAUUAAUAAUUUUCAACAUUUAAUAAUGAAUCAAUCUGUUCAUGUUUUUCAGAUAGUUUAUGUUUUUCAGAUUGUGAAGGACGCCCCCUGUAAGGGUUAGUGUAUUGGAGUAUUGCUAUCAAAAUUUUAUUUUGCAUUAUAAAUGCUUUAUUAUUAUACUGUUAUUACUGUGUAGUUGUUUACAUUUUACCUUUUGGUAUCAAAGCAUAAUAUAAUGCAUGCAGUUAAUUAAUAAUUUUCAACAUUUAAUAAUGAAUCAAUCUGUUCAUGUUUUUCAGAUUGUUUAUGUUUUUCAGAUUGAGAAGGACGCCCCCGGUUAGGGUUAGUGUAUUGGAGUAUUGCUAUGAAAAUUUCAUUUUGCAUUAUAAAUGCUUUAUUAUUAUACUGUUAUUACUGUGUAUUUAUUUACUUUUUACCUUUUGGUAUCAAAGCGUAAUAUUUAAUCAUUUUCUGUUCAUGAUUUUCAGAUUGUGAAGGACGUCCCAUUGUAAGGGUUAGUGUAUUGGUUUGACCAUGGAUUCAAUAGGCCUCUUGGGGAAACUCACCAUGUAAAAAAAUGAGUUAACGCAUUGAGCGCUGUACCUCUUGAGACAGAUUUGUCUCAAAGGUGAUGUGGAAACCAGCGUAUGUUUCUAGGAUGUGAGAAUUAUUCAGAAGCAAUCAUGGAGUGUGAGUUAGCUACUAGGGGACCCUAGGCGCAGAGUCCCUCCCCUGACCUGGUUGCCUCGGUUGACUUAUCACCACCCAAGCCAACAUUCCUGCAGCGAGCACCAGUGAGAGCACCCAGACCAGUAUGGCUUGUUUAAAAAAAUAUGUAUGUGAUUUAAUGAUAUUCUUGCAUAAUAAAAAUGAUCAUUAAAUAGUGAGUGAUUGUUUUAUUCAACUACCAGAAGUAGAAGGAACUUAUAGACCAAAAUUAUUCUUGUCAGUGAUACAUGCAAAUCAUUUAUAUUUUGUACAUACAUAUUAAAUCUAAAGCAAUUAAAUUUAAGAAAAUAAAUUAAUGUAUGUGAUAUUUAAUACAAAAAAAUUCACACUAAAACACAAGAAAUUAAUUUGGAAUCAAAUCAUGUAUUACCAAAAAACAAGUGUCAGCAAGGAAUAUGCUUCCUGAAAGGUAGUUAAUCUUGCCUACAAAAAGUUAUUUAUUUAAUUGAACCUACCCCAUUAAUCGUAACUACUUAGUUAUUUAGAAUACAGACUUUUUAAGCAAAAAAGCAUAUUUUUUUUACACAAUCUCAAAAGUGGGG